GGGCCGUUUGGGAUUCAGCCCCAGCUUUUCGCCUGCCUUGUUUAGCCGAUCUGAAUUGUGCUAAUUCUGACAUUUAACUCCGGAAACACAAAUGUAAAAGCGCUAACAACCUCCAUAGGGCGAAUAUCAAGCUCUGCGCUACUUUAGCUAUCAGACAGCGGUGCGGGUGAGCAGCCAUGUCUCGGGUGGUGAAAAAGCGGCAGGCUGACCCCAAAGUGGUGCAGUAUGUGUGGUCAGCCAUCAGAGUGAUCCGCAGCCAGAAACAGAUCGCUAACAUGGAUCGAAUCUCAAAGUAUUUGAGCCGUGUGUAUGGGAUGCACCCCAAAGAGACAUCCAGGCAGCUGGUGUUAGCGGUGAAGGACGGCCUCGUGGUGGAGACGCUCACUGUGGGCUGUAAGGGCUCUAAAGCUGGAGUGGAGCAGGAGGGCUACUGGCUGCCAGGAGACGAGAUGGAGCAGAUGUCUGAGGGCAAUAAGGACUGGGAGGCAGAGAGUCACGACUGGUACUGUUUCGAGUGUCACCUCCCCGGAGAUGUGCUGGAGUGCGACAGCUGCUUUCGUGUCUAUCACCUCCGCUGUCUCACUGACGAGCUCCGGCCCAGAGACACCACAUCUCACUGGCAGUGCUCUGUCUGCCGGGGCAGUAAAAGAAGAACCCUUACUAAACAGGAAAUGGUCACAUAUCUGAAGUUUAUUCUUGCACGAAUGAAAGAAAGGGCCAUCGACCUACACAAGAGAGGCAAAGAGACAAAGCAGGCUAUGUACCGGAGGCUGAUCCACACGGCACUGGAUGUGGAUAACAUUCAGGAGAAUAUUUCUGAGGGCAAGUACAAGAACUUUGAGGAGUUUAAAGCAGAUGCUCAGCUGAUUGUCCACAAUACAGCGAUUCUGCACGGAGCACGUAGUGAUCAGACUGAAAUCGCCAGACUUCUCUACAACGACACCUGCCAUGAGUUGAAUGAGCUGUUGUUGUGCAGAAACUGCUUCCAUCUGUCCAAUGCUCGGCCUGAUAACUGGUUCUGUUAUCCCUGUGUUCCUGGUCAUGAGCUGGUGUGGGCCAGAAUGAAGGGUUUUGGUUACUGGCCUGCCAAAGUGAUGCAGCGAGAAGGGAACCAGGUUGAUGUUCGCUUCUUUGGUCACCAGCACCAGAGAGCCUGGAUACCUUCAGACAACAUCCAGGAUAUUUCGGUGAACGUGCAGCAGCUUCAGGUGAAGCGCAGUAGUGGCUGGAAGAAGGCGUGUGAGGAACUCGAGCUGCACCAGCGCUUCCUCCGUGAGGGACGUACAUGGAAGGGACGCACAGACGAGCGGCAAGACGAGGCAGAGUCCAGCAUCUCCUCCACCAGCAAUGAGCAGACGAAGAGUAAUCAGGAGCCAAAAGCUAAAAAGAGCCGCCGUUCCCAACCACCAGAACCCAAAGAAGAGGAGCCUGAGCCUGAGGUGGAAGCGGUGAGUUCGAGUCAGGAGAUUCCCACCGCGGCUCCUCACCAGCCUGAGCGCAUGUCCGUCUCAACACAAACCAAAAAGUCUCCAUCAUCUUCAUCCUCUCCCGCUCCCCGCAUGCUGCACCGCGCCACACAGACCCUUAAUGAGGGCAGCUGUCAAAACAUGUGCCAUGACAAGUACACCAAAAUCUUCAGCGAUGUCAAGGAGAUGAUGAAGGCUGAAAACAAGCGUGAGACAGAGCGAGUGCUGAAGGAGGCACUGGACAAGCUGAGGGUGGAGAUGGAGGAGGAGAAGAGGCAGGCGGUGAGUAAAGCGGUGGCGAACACACAAGCGGAGAUGGAGCGCAAAUGUAAGCAGGUGAAGGAAAAGUGUAAAGAGGAGCUGAUGGAGGAGAUGAAGAAGAUAGUAAACCAACACAAGCAGCUCAUCUCUCAGACCAAAAAGAAGCAGUGGUGUUAUAAUUGUGAGGAGGAGGCGAUGUACCACUGCUGCUGGAACACGUCGUACUGCUCCAUCAAGUGUCAGCAGGAACACUGGCACGCCGAUCACAAACGCACCUGUCGCAGGAAGAGAUGAGCUGCAGCCAAUCACAGCGCCAUCCAUCUACAUGCCACGCUGUUGGAUGAUUUCCCGUCAGCCCAAGUUUUAAACACUUUCCUCAACACAGACUAUUUUCUCAGUGAGCCUGAGGCAUAACGUAGCGAGGAACCGAUUUUACUUUUUAUUUUAUUUUAUUAUAUUUUAUGUAAAUCUUUUAUUUGCGGUAAAAUAAAAAGAGUCUUGCUUGCCUACAAACUAACUGAAAUGUGAAGUAAUAACCUUUUUAAACACGUGAUUCUGAAUCACUUGCUGUGUAGAUAUUUGACUUUUCUACUCGCGGACGGUGUUUUGCCUCCUGUGUUGAUGGACGUCGGUGUUUUACUGAGUUCGUUGUGGGAGAUUUUGUUGGUUGUGAUGCAUCAUGUUCUGGGAACAGGGUUGAAGAUGGCAGGACAUUUCUGUCGGGGAAAAAAUACAAUCUUCCAUUUAUGAAUAUGCACAUUAUGUUACAUUUUAAUAUGGAAAAUGUCCUUUUAAUGAGACCAGAUUAUUUAUGUGCAAAUUUUGGGCUCUAUAGUCAAAGUGUUUUUGAGUCAAAACUUCGAGAUGUUAUUGUGUGUAACACAUCCUGAUGCUACCUGUGUUACGGAUGGAGAUCAGUUUCGUUUGCAAAGGUUCAGAAUUGAGAUGUGAGCUGUAUAGAAAUCAGCAUAAACUCUACACUUAACAGUGAAUUGAAACAAAAACUGUUAACAUGCACUCCUUUUCUGUCGCGUAUAUGGAAAGAGAAAAGAAAACAUGCUGAGUUUGUGGCUGAUGUAGAAUCAGCUGAAUGAUGAAGGAAACCAUCAGUUACUCGUGAGCUUUAAUUGUUACUCACGUGUUUAAUGCAUUUGAGAAUCUUCUGCUCUUCCUCUCUGUUCGUCACUGUUGCACUACGUGUAAAUAAACAUCUGCCGCUAAACGUGACUGUUUUAAGAUUUGCACGUCAGCAGCAUUAUGUACAUUUCAUGAAUGCAUUAAAUGUAUUUGAUUUUGUCAAAAACUAAACAAAGAAUUAUUUGUAAUUCUGGGAAAAGAUCUCAUUCCAGUGCGCAUGAAAAAUUGUUUGUGUUUACUCGCCGCUUCUCGUUUCUCUCCUCGCUGCUGGAUUUCUGCAGUGAAUUCAACAUUUUUUCUUUUUUUUGUUUUUUUAAAGGAAACUUGACUUCAUUUUGUAAUCACAGAUUCUUUUGUAUUGUGGGCAACGUAACGACUACUGAAAGUGCGACCGAGUCCGAGCCUGGUGUUUCCUUUCAGAUGUGCGUUUGGAGUCAUGUGGUGUAAAAGUCCUGCCCCUUCCUGGGUGUGUCUGUAAAAGACGCCCCGCCUCGCAUUACACUCUGUAACAGUAACUCUGUAUAAUAAACAAUAAACAUAUCAAACACC